AUGCCAGACGGCUCACAUAAGUCAAAGCGGCAACCAACAUUUAACACCAUCCAGCGCGAAGAAUCAUUCAAAAAUCCACCAAAAACAGGCUCAACAUAUCCGAUCCUCAAUGAAUUUGUCACGCCUCACAUCGAAUCCUUCAACGCGCUCUUCGAUGAUUCUGGACUGCCCAAGGGAGACGGAGAUGGUCGAGGACUAUUAUCUUUGGGUCUGAAGGACAUAGGCGAACGCGUUGUGUUUGAUGGCAGCGGCGAGCUUGGGACAGAGAGUGGUCAGCAUGGUUGGGGUAAUCGACUGAGCAUUUGGAUAGAAGAGGUAUCUAUAGCUCCUCCUAGAGUUCCAGACAGAGAUACAUGGAGCACUGAGCGCAAAAUAUUUCCUACAGAGGCUCGUGAGCGUUUAACCUCCUAUCGGGGACGUAUGCAAGCAAAGGUCUGCUGGAGCAUCAACGGGAACAUUCAUCCCGAUCAAUUUGUAAUGCGGGACUGUGGUCUAGUCCCGAUCAUGGUUCGGUCUGUUCGGUGCAAUAUUCGUAGUCUACCUUCUGCAGAACUUGUGAGGCGACAUGAAGAGCCAGAAGAAUUUGGUGGCUACUUCAUCAUCAAUGGAAACGAACGGUUAAUUCGCUAUCUUAUUCUUCCCCGUCGAAAUCAUGUCACUUCUCUGCUUCGCCCAUCUUUCGCUAAUCGUGGUCCUUCGUACACACAAUAUGCAGUACAAAUUCGCUGCGUUCGCCCCGAUCAAUCCAGCGUUACCAAUACUCUCCACUAUCUCUCAAACGGAAGCGCGAUGCUACGAUUUAGCUGGAGAAAACAAGAAUAUGUGAUACCAAUCAUGCUUAUCCUCAAAGCUCUCAUCGGUGCUUCCGACAAGGAGAUUUUUGAUAGCGUCAUGAUGCAAGAUUACGAAAACACUUUUCUAACAGAUCGCGUUGAGCUUCUUCUGCGUAGUUUCAAGAUGUAUAGCUUGUACACUGGUGAUCAGUGUCUUGAGUACUUGGGCGACAAAUUUCGAGUCGUUCUUGGCAUGCCCGAAGACUGGACGAACCAAGCUCUUGGAGCUUGGUUAAUCCAGAAGAUGGUCCUGGUACAUCUUAAAUCGGCUCGCGACAAAUUCCGGAUGCUGGUAUUCAUGCUGCGAAAGUUAUAUAGUGUGGUAUCCUCCUCGUGCUGCGCAGAUAACCCAGAUUCCCCACAGCACCAGGAAGUACUGCUGCCUGGUUAUUUAUAUGGCAUGAUCAUCAAGGAGCGCCUUGAGGAAGCGCUGAGCCAAGUAAGAAACCAGAUUGCGACAGACGUCAGGAAAGAAGAACCACCAGUCGAUUUUCUUGACAAACGAUAUAUUAUGAAGGUCAUCAAUAAGGUGAACUGGGAUAUCGGUUCCAGAAUGUCAAAUUUCUUGGCUACUGGUAAUCUGGUUUCACCGUCGGGUCUUGAUUUGCAACAAGCAUCUGGGUUUACUAUUGUUGCCGAAAAACUCAAUUGGAUGAGGUAUAUAAGUCAUUUUCGAUGUAUUCAUCGUGGUGCCUUCUUCGCCGAGCUCAAGACAACAACCGUUCGAAAGUUAUUACCAGAAGCUUGGGGUUUCCUAUGUCCAGUGCACACGCCUGAUGGUGCCCCAUGCGGUCUGCUCAAUCAUCUUUCGAGGACGUGCCGCAUUAUCACGGCGCCUCUUUCCGUUGCUGAAAUCCCUGCACUCCUGGCAGCUCACGGCAUGACACAGGCCUUCUCAUCUUCAAUAGAUGGCCGAAAAAACCUUUGCGUUCAACUUGAUGGCCGCGUCAUCGGCUGGGCAAGACAGUCGGUUGCUCACCAACUUGCCACCAAUCUACGGAUAUGGAAAACCGAGGGUCGACACAAGGUUCCCCUCGAUCUAGAGAUUGGUUUCGUCCCCGAAUCGAAAGGUGGACAGUACCCCGGUUUGUUCUUGUUUUCUACCCGAGCGAGGAUGAUGCGCCCUGUGAAGUUCAUUGCCAACGGGAAAGACGACCAAGUUGGAUCAUUUGAACAGGUUUACAUGAACAUUGCAAUCAAACCUGACGAGGUCGAGAUAGGUGUUUCAACACACGUGGAACAUGCGCCGACAAAUUUCUUGUCCAUCUUGGCUAAUUUAACGCCGUUCUCGGAUUUUAAUCAGAGUCCCAGAAAUAUCUAUCAGUGUCAGAUGGGUAAACAAACGAUGGGUACCCCAUCUACCGCCCUACAACACAGAACGGACAAUAAGCUCUACCGGUUACAGACUGGCCAAACUCCCGUCGUUCGACCACAUCUACACAAUGUUUACGCCAUGGACUCGUUCCCAAACGGUACCAAUGCCAUCGUUGCUGUCAUUUCUUAUACCGGUUACGACAUGGAGGACGCCAUGAUCCUGAACAAAUCCGCUCAUGAACGUGGCUUCGGCUACGGAACGGUUUAUAAAUCUCAGAUAAUCGAUCUAAAGGAAAUGCGAGGUGCUACUAAAUCAUCAGCAUCCCCUACAUUGCAUUUUGGUCUUGGUCACGAUGUUCGAACAGCUGAAGGCAAUGGACAGCAUACUUGUUGUCAAUUUUUGGAUAAAGAUGGCCUGCCGUUCAUUGGGACCAAAUUGGAUUCUGGGGAUCCUAUAGCCGCUUACAUCGAUGAGACUACUGGGCGCACGAGGUUCGUCAAGUACAAGGGCGAUGAGCAAGGAAUCGUGCAUGAAAUCCGCAUGUUAGGUAUGGUCUUCGCCCUCAUCCGGGUAGCUGCUGACGGAAUUCAAGGUGGUGAUACCGGGGACACGGAGCUGCAAAAAUUGCAUAUUACUUUCCGCAUAACUCGUUCUCCCGUCAUUGGAGAUAAAUUUUCGUCUCGUCAUGGUCAGAAGGGUGUAUGUUCACAAAAAUGGCCCACUGUUGACAUGCCCUUCUCGGAGAGCGGAAUGCAACCUGAUGUCAUCAUCAAUCCACAUGCGUUCCCAAGUCGUAUGACCAUCGGCAUGUUAGUGGAGAGCAUGGCUGGCAAGGCUGGUGCUAUGCAUGGACUAGCACAAGAUGCGACUCCUUUUCAGUUUUCUGAAGAAGACAGAGCGAUUGACUACUUUGGCGAACAGCUAUUAGCAGCUGGCUAUAAUUACUACGGUAACGAGCCCAUGUACUCGGGCAUCACUGGGCAAGAGUUCGCCGCGGAUAUCUACAUCGGCGUUGUUUACUACCAACGUUUGCGGCAUAUGGUUUUAGACAAAUUCCAGGUCAGAACCACUGGCCCGGUUGACCCCGUGACACGUCAGCCAGUCAAGGGCCGCAAACGUGCUGGUGGCAUCCGAUUUGGGGAGAUGGAACGCGACGCUCUGAUCGCUCAUGGGACGUCGUUCCUUCUCCAGGACCGGUUAAUGAAUUGUUCAGAUUACUCCACUACAUGGGUCUGUCGGACCUGUGGCAGUCUCAUAUCCCUUGGUUACGAUGAUAUAAGCUUGGGCGAGUCAUCUACUGGCACGAUAAAAGCAACUGGUCCAGGUGGAGAAUACUGUAGAGUGUGCCGCGCGGUUGCCGAGGAAGAUGACGAACGAGCUCGCCAGGCUCUGACUACGGGACAAAAUCCCGAUCGAAGUCCGUUGCCAGGCGUGAUGGUGGCUAUACCGUCAUCGAACGUGCUGCGCAGUUCAUCAAAAGGUGGCGAUCUCGAUGUUGUGGCGGUCCCCUACGUGUUCCGCUAUCUUUGUGCCGAGCUGGCCGCCAUGGGCAUUGCCGUUUCAUUGGAAGUACGAUGAAAACACUUGUUGCCCAUUCAGUGUUCAGAUCAAUAUUCUUCUUGUCGUUUUCGUGGCUCAAAAACCAUACAUAGACCAUCGUUAAUAACAUUAGGCUAUGGAUACCAAGGGAACAAAAGGCCGACUGUCAGCUCGCUGACACUAAUAACGAGAACGAGAGUCAAUAGAAAUGAGUAGUUGUUAGA